GAGUUUCCCAGAAACGAUGCUCGUCCCCCUGGUGGUGAUGCUGCUACAGAUUGGAAGUACUCACGGCGGCCUCCCUUUCUACAAUGGCUUCUACUAUGACCGAGACAUGAAUGAUAAAGCUCUGCUCAAUGGUGUUCGAUUGACGGUGGAGACCUCCGAAGAUGCCAUCUUUACCCAGCGUGGUGCCAACAUUACACUGCCCUGCCAUUAUCACUAUGCACCUAAGCUGGAUGCCCCUCGCAGGAUACGCAUCAAAUGGUCCAAGCUUCGGGAAGACAACUCUAAAGACCGAGACGUGUUGGUGGCAUCUGGGCGAAAUCACCGCAGCUUUGGCGAGUUCCGUGGACGGACUCAUCUGCAGCAAGAUUCUCCUGACGAAGUUUCCCUGGUGAUUAAUGACUUGCGCUUGGACGAUGCCGGGAAAUACCGCUGUGAAGUCAUUGACGGUCUGGAAGAUGAAAGUGGGACCGUGGAUCUAGAACUGCAAGGAGUGGUCUUUCCUUACCAGCCUCCCCACGGACGCUAUAAGCUUAACUUCCACGAAGCCAAGAAGAUCUGUGAAGACCAGGAUGCAGUAAUAGCUUCCUUUGACCAGCUCUUCAAGUCCUGGUUAUACGGCUUAGACUGGUGCAAUGCUGGUUGGUUGAUUGAUGGCACAGUCCAGUACCCUAUCACGGUACCACGGGAACCUUGUGGUGGGUCUCACUUACAACCUGGUAUCCGAAGCUAUGGAGAACGUCACAAGAACCUCCAUCUCUUUGAUGUCUUUUGUUUCUCUUCUGCUCUGAAAGGGACUGUCUACUAUCUUGAGCACAAGAAGAAAUUCACCUUAGAAGAAGCCAAGCAGGCAUGCCAGGAUGACCAAGCCGAAAUUGCCAAGGUGGGUCAGCUCUACUCAGCGUGGAAAUUCCUGGGCUUGGAUCGCUGUGAUUCUGGCUGGCUGGCAGAUGGCAGUGUGCGCUACCCCAUCGCUUCUCCCCGACCCAACUGUGGUCCACCAGAACCAGGCGUCCGAAGUUUCGGCUUUCCCCAAACUGGGAAAUUUGGAGUCUACUGUUACAAGAUGAGCUAAGGAGA